AUGGCCACCAGUAUCUAUUUGGCAUGGUAUAUCUGGGACAGCUACUUUUACUCGCUGCUAAUCGUGGUGUUCCGCCAAACUGUCAUGCCAGCGACGUACAUUGGCAACAUUUACACGAUUGGAUCGACGUUCUGGGCAUUGGUCGUUAGAGUCUGUAUCCGCAUCAACGGCCGGUUGAAGUAG